UGUAGAGGUCAGUGUUCCUGUAGUUCUCUGUAUCUGUAGCAAUAAGAACUGGAGCAGCUGUGUGGCCGUUGUUCUACGUUCCCUUGCGUACAUAUCAGGAAGUGAUGAGUGAAUGAAGUCAAGUGGAAAAGACGUAGCACUAGCACAUUUAUGCAUGUGCAAACAGAAACACAUCAGCUCGCCAUUGAAUUCAUUUUAUAAAACAGAUGUGAAAGUAAUUAUGUCGAUCUUGAAUUAUGAACACGUACAGAACGACGUCAUGUGAAAUGGCAAUAACGACUUCGCUGGCAGAAUUGAUGCGUUUGCAUCCAUUCUGUAAUAUCGCUCAUGUGACGUCAUCACUGCUCAUGUUCAGUGUCGUGCAGCAAAAUAUGACUGCAAUAUUUUAAUCUGUAUUUUGGAUAUCUUGCUAUUUAGAUUAUACUCUCGUUAUACAAAUGCAAUACAACAAUAAAACCAAAGAAGAAUAUAAUCAUAUACAAAUAUAAAAGCGAAAAAUGCCCUGCCAGAUGGUACAGAUCUUUUUUAUAAUAACCUUUCAUAAUAAACUCCGGGGGCCAUAUUCACAAAGAAUAGUGUAUUAAGCAGAGGAGGUGGCGACAAUAGAGAGAGCUGUUUGGCUGAUCCACUAAAAUAAACGAACGCAAACUUCCUUAGCAAUCAUACAAUUAUUAGAAGAUAAACUUUAUCAUCGCCAUAGAGAAAGAUUAAUUUUAGCGGCUGCGCAGGUAGAAGGAGCAUCUAUAGUAACGUUAUGUCAUUGAGGAUAAAUAAUAGAAAAAUUAUUGAAUAAUCAUGUAAAAAAGAAGAAAAUUUUAAAACAAUAUCAGCGGAGGAAUUUCAGUAGUGUUACAGAUUGAAAUGAUCAUUUUAGAAGAACUGGGAAAAGCAGUGUAUUUAUAUAUAUAAAUACACACAAGCUAAGUACAAAAAGCCUACAAGCCUACAUAGACAGAUGUAAAAGAGGUGAAAUUUGCUGCAUUGUUCAUGAUGUCAGUAUCCAUAACCUUAAUGGUUAUCUAGAAAUUCGCUGAUGUGAUGCCAUCUCCUUUCUGCGGCACGUAUAGCAGAGAAACAGACGCAUCUGCUUGGAAAUGCGCCUAAAGGCUGUACAUGCCGCAUUUUUCAUUUCUGUCCCAGUGUCCCACAAAUCGAAACAAAGUCUUUUGACUGGGUCAAAAUCAGUGAAAGUGAAAAAAAAAAAAACAAUUCAACAGGCGCUUUUCUUAAAUGUAAAGAAAGCAGAGCUGCAGUCAUUGUCACAGAGCCACGCCAACUGUCGAUAAAUGCAAAGCAGCGCCCCACAUUAUGACCAACCUGUGCACAAUGAUCUUAAAAUAAUAAUUAAUAAUAAUAAUUUAGACUUUAUUGAUCUCACAAUGGAGAGAUUAUCCUCUGCAUUUAACCCAUCCCUUAGGGAGCCAGACUGAAAAAGAUGGAGCGAAAAAAGUAAGUAUUAAACAGGGCAAAUCAAUGAACGAAUCAACAUUUGUGCAAACAACACGCUCACACUGUUGGACCUCCCACUUACACCCUGCAGUUAUACCCUUCUCACCUGUAGAAGUCAGGUUAUGUAGUUCCUAUGUCUACCUGUAGAGGUCAGUGUUCUUGUAAUUUAGCUUUCUGCCUGUAGAGGGUAGUGUUUCUCUUGUCCCUUCAAGUGACCCUAUAGCCUCUGCUUAGAAAGCAUGGGGGACUGAACUAUUGACCUAUUAGAAAAUGUCCUUUAGUUUAUCUACGUAAAUCCAGAAUGUCCUCAUAUAGAAGAAGUUUGCACCGCUUCCCUCUGAUAUUUAAGCUCCCUGGCUCUUUGCAGGGAUCUCUUCUCUAACUCUUCUUUUCAUCAUCACCUCAUGGCCAAAAGUCUUUGGCAGGGACUUUGGCUCAGUAUACAACUUACAAGCUACCUGCUAUACAACUGCGCUAGACAGGAAGUACAGGCUCAGAAUAAAAACCAGAAGUCAACAACCUCAUUACAGAAACACCAAAAAAAUAAAACGCAUUUAAAUUUGCUGUAAUAAAAUACACUUCUGGUUAUUUACAGACAUUAUUGGUGUUUCCAUGGAAACACUGGCCUCUCUGUGGGAACAUGACCCCACGGACCUCUGUGACCUCAAUGAACCCAGAAACAUGCUGUCGCCUGUGUGGGAAUCAAAGUGUGUUUUUACUCCCCCUGCUGGUCUGAUGUGGACACAGCAGCUCUCACCUCACCUCCAGAGGAACAAACAGCUGCAGGACACUCUGCUACAGAGGGAGGAGGAGCUGGCCAGGCUGCAGGAAGAGAACAAUAAACUCAGAGGAUUCCUCAGUUCCUCUUUUGUGAGGAACCUGCAGGAAAAAGCUAAGAAACUAACUGCAGACAGCAGGAGGAAGCUGAAGAGAAACCUGAUGAACUUUGAUCAUGAACCAUCCAAGAUCUCCAGUCAUCCGUUCUCCAAACAGAUCACCAAGAGAGUCUGCGGAAACCUGACUGCUGAGUUCUGCUCCGAUUCUUCUCAUAAGUUGGCCUGUUCAGAACCAAACCUUGAUCUUUGGGUCCUGCGAACGUUAGGCCUGAAGGACCGAAACACCAUCGACAUGUCCAGUGAGUCAUCCUCUGAGUACAGCUUUAGAGAUCUGGUCUGUGACAAUGACAUCACCCCGUCGCUGGCUGCUGGCUCCUCUUUCAGCUCACCAACCACCAUGUCCACAGUGUCUUCUGUCCACAGCUACUGCCAAACUCCCACAGGGGAGAUGGACUAUAGAUCCUCUGAUUGUGGCUAUCCUGCCACAUCAAGUGAAAUCUGCUCAGGAUCUCCAGGAAACGUCACUGCCACUGUGCUGACUAAGCAUCAUGAGUCCUCUGAAGCUCUGAGCAGGAGCUGUGCUGAAUCUUCCCCUCUACCGUCUGACAGACCUGAGACCUGCUCCAUCCAUGGAGUCCAAUCACUGGAGACAAGCUCUAAAAUCUUGUCGUCCAACUGGUAUCCACAUCCAGAAUACUGGACUCCAUCCGAACAAGACUUUUUCUCUUCCAGGCCAUCUCCCAGCUCUGUACUGAACACAUAUCAGGCACCCUCUAGUGGCUGCAGCCCUACAAGUCAGUCAGCAGCAUCUCAACCCCCUGAAUCAUGGCAGUCGCAUCACAAACCGACUAAUUUGGCUUUCAGCAUGUCCCUCCGCCCGUCCAGCAGCGUGAAGACCCACAGCUUCCCCCAGGGACAGGCCUUCAUCAGGAAGGACACAGGAGGCCGGUGGAACUUCACGUGGGUUCCUCGACAGGAACCGUAGCUAACCUAAAGGUUUCCCAUCAAAAGGACUAGAAAUGCUCCAGUUUGAACCUGUUGUAUUCCUACCUGCGACAUGAGGGAAAUAACAUUGAUAUCUCCUGGUGACUGAAAUAAACAAAGUAGAGUAUA